AUGGCUCCUACCAGAAAGAAGUGGUCCAAGGGCAAGGUCAAGGACAAGGCCCAGCACGCCGUCGUCCUCGAGAAGCAGACCGCUGAGCGUCUCAACAAGGAUGUCCAGUCCUACCGUCUGAUCACUGUCGCCACUCUGGUCGACCGUCUCAAGAUCAACGGCAGCUUGGCCCGCCAGGCCCUUGCUGACCUUGAGGAGAAGGGACAGAUCAAGAAGGUUGUUGGUCACUCCAAGAUGAACAUCUACACCCGCGCCGUCACCGCCGAGUAA